AUGCAAAGCAAACUGAGCCGCGCUGCCCUCAUCGCAUGCCUGGCAUUUGCCAUGUUAUGGUUUUCAAAUCACUUCUUCACAGAUCGAACUACAAACCGGUCGGCAUCCAUCAAAAAACGCCGUGUAGUUUAUGCGACGUACCUAAGCGCACCCACAGAGUGGCCAAACCAUACCAUCUCCGAUUUUUGGAUUUCCGUGGAUCCUUACUUUGAUGCCACUCGGAUCCUCACCUAUCAAAUCCUUCAUGCCCCUGAGACACGCACAAAAUUGAACAUUCCAUUUGUGGUAUUUGUCCACGAGAACGUCGACCAAGACAAGCGGAAGCACCUGCAGAUCCAGGGCGCGGAAGUAAUCGAGCUAGCCGAUUUCCGAGUGGACUGGAUCCGCCCCAAGGAUCGGCGAUGGAUCGACGCCCUCACUAAACUUCGAAUGUGGCAGAUGGAUCAAUACGACUUGAUUGUCUUCUUAGACGCCGACUCGAUAUUGACAAGGUCCCUCGAUGACCUCCUGAGUACAGAAGAAACCUUGCCCCGAGUUACGGUCCAGCAAAAAGCCUCGUGCAACGGUGUUGAAGUGCCACUUCCGCAUACAUAUGUCACUGCGGGCUUGCCUCAACUCAGACACAAUCAUUCGGCAAACCCAUCUCGUGUGCCAGAGGACUUCUGGGGAUGGGAUAACUUGAAUACGGGCUUUUUGGUCUUACAACCUUCGCUCGAACUUUUUGAAUAUUUCGAGUGUUUGCUGGCUUCAAAGGAUAGCUUUGAUAGUAGUAUCGCAGACCAAAGCGUUCUGAAUUUCGCGUUCACUCAAUCUGGCCCCAUCCCGUGGACCAUGGUGGAUCUUUCGUGGAAUAUACAGUGGCCUUGGCCUGAUGAUAUCAAGUCGGGGUAUGCUGUCCUUCAUGAGAAGUGGUGGGCGCCUGUACAUUUAGAAUCUAGAGACUAUCUUCUCUCUUGGUACUGGCGGAUGGUCGGUUUUUCUUCUGCCCCCCCCCUGUUCGAAGCGUAA